AUCGAUUCCAAACUCGCGCCGAAAGCCUCGUCCAGAACUCCUUGUGCGCGCAACUGUGUGACGUGCGCUGACAUAUUUUGCAAUCCGCGAAUAAUUGAUUUGAUAAACUGAUUGGUUGCUGUGUGUCUGGAGUAUUGUUCUGAAAUCAUGGCGCCCAGCCAGGACACGGGAUGAUGACCUGGAUACCGGAGAAGACUCGUUUUGCUGAACAUCGUCGCGUGCGCAAGGUAUUGCCGAUUGCAGUCGAGAAGUAAAAGUGCGCGCAAAACGAGUGCGAAACGGCCGAUAUUGCAUAACAAGCCCGUGGAGAUACGAUCGUGAAAGGAGGUAGUGCGAUCUAGAGGGCGUGUGAUAGCUUGGUGCAGGGUUUCCUAGGAAACCAGACCGUUGCACAAUCCUGGGAACGCUGACAACGCCAAAUUACAGUGCAAGUGUCAAAUUCGAACGAGUGUGGGGGAGGGUGUCGCAAGCUGAACACACUCACGCAAAAUAACAUGGUAAUUCUACCCAGCAAUGUGACGCGGUGAACUGCAGUGCAGCAUUAGAGUAGGUCAUACAAGUAGCCGAUUGAUUCGUCGUCACGGUGUACGAUACAGGCUGGCUGGCAAGUCGUCGCAGCAAGCGUUGACCGCGAGCAGUGUCCAGCAGUUUGUUGUUGUUCGGCUUGGUGGUUUGGUGAUAAGUGGCCACUUUGCAUCAUCUAGUUGGCCAUGCACGAACCGUGGAGUCCGAAAGAGUUCAGCACACGCGUUCACCAGUGGUAAUGAAAAGCUGAAACAUCGCGCUGCACUGAGAAAAAUCGAUUGUUAAAUUGCAUGCAAAAAACUCCACCGUAGCCGCGAAAACAAAAAAAAAAACUUUCCGGAAGCCGAAGGAUGCCAAUGUGAACGGAACCACGGCCUAGAACGGAUGUGAACGGUUGAGCGACGUCGAUGACCAUCAAGAACCCGACCACUUUGGGAGCCGUCAACCUGUCAGAACGCCGUCAAAAACCGAUCAUCCACUGUAAGGCUGGAAAUAUGAUAAGUAUUCAUCACCUGGUUAGGACAUGCUGCGCGUACGUACUACUGAUUAGCCUGGUGGCGAUGACGUCCAGCAGCACGGCCAUGGCCAGCGCGUACCGGGUCGGGGUGGGACGGGCCGACUGCACCGGACCCUCGGUCGAGAUUACCUUUAUGGGCUACGCCCAGCUCUCCCAGCGCGGCGUCGGCAUCCACCUGCGGCAGUACGCGCGGGCGUUCAUCUUCGAGGAAACGCCCGGCCGCCGAGCGGUCUUCGUGAGCGUCGACGCCGGCAUGAUGGGCCACGCCGUCAAGCGGGACGUGCUGGCGGUGCUGCAGAAAAAGUACGGCGACCUGUACCGGGCGGAGAACGUCGCGAUCAGUGGAUCGCACACGCACAGCACUCCCGGCGGGUUCCUGAUGUACCUGCUGUACGACAUGACCUCGCUGGGGUUCGUGUCGGAGACGUUCAACGCGUUGGUGCGCGGCAUUGCGCAGAGUAUCAUCCGGGCGCACAACAGCAUGAUCGAGGCGAAGGUAUACGUGGCGGAGAUUGACGUGUUGGAGGCGAACAUCAACCGGAGUCCGAGCGCGUACGAGAACAACCCGGAGGAGGAACGGGCCCAGUACCGGGACAACGUGGACAAGCGGCUCGUGCAGCUGCGGAUGGUCAACAAGAAUGGGGUUGUUUUCGGGGCGAUCAACUGGUUCGCGGUGCAUCCGACCUCGAUGAACAAUACCAACCGGUACGUGUCGAGUGACAACGUUGGUCUUGCGUCUGUUAUGUUGGAACAGGAGCGCAACAAGGGUUCGCUCGUGGGUAAAGGGGAGUUUGUGGGGGCGUUUGCCUCGAGCAAUUUGGGCGACGUUUCGCCGAACAUUAUGGGACCCAAGUGCGAGAAGACGGGACUGCCGUGCGACCUGCUGACGUCGUCGUGUCCGGCUGGGGCGGGCGCUUGCUUUGCCUCUGGACCUGGGGAGGACAUGUUCGAGAGUACGAAGAUCAUCGCGACGCGGUUGUACAGUGCGGCUUCGCAACUGCUAACCAAAUCGGGUGGUCGUCAAGUAACCGGCCCGGUCAACUUUGUCCACCAGUUUGUCGACAUGACCAAGGCCGAGGCCAUGUACUACAACCCGAAGACGCGCGCGCUCGAGCAGGUCCGCGGCUGCCUUCCCGCCAUGGGCUACAGCUUUGCCGCCGGGACAACCGACGGUCCGGGGGCGUUCGACUUCCAGCAGGGCACCAUCACGGACAAUGCCCUCUGGAACGCCGUGCGGGACUUUAUCGCCGAACCUACCGUGGACGAUAAGGAGUGCCAGGCGCCGAAGCCGAUUCUACUCGCCACCGGCAGGGCAAAGUUCCCGUACGAUUGGCAGCCCAAGAUCGUCCCGACGCAGAUCUUACUGAUCGGUGAUUUUGCAAUCGCCGCCGUGCCUGGGGAGUUCACGACCAUGUCUGGACGCAGAAUGCGCAACGAAGUGUCCGCGGCUUCGGUGGCCGCCGGAGGCAAGACCCUGCAGGUCGUGGUUGCCGGCCUGUCCAACAUGUACACCAGCUACAUCACCACGCCGGAAGAGUACGAAGUUCAGCGGUAUGAGGGCGCCUCGACGCUGUACGGACCGCACACGCUGACGAUCUAUCUGCAGCAGUACAAGCGCAUGGUUCGAGCGAUGGUGCUGAAUGAGACGCUGGACGCCGGACCGACUCCGCCCUACCAGGACGACAAGCAGAUCUCGCUGAUGACCGGAGUGAUCUUCGAUGGGCACCCCAUCGGGAGGGAAUUUGGCAGCGUGAAGAUUCAACCACUGAACACUUACGAACGGGGCGAUACCGUUUCGACGACGUUUGUCACGGGGAAUCCCCGCAACAAUUUGAUGCACGAUAAGACGUUCUUCACCGUGGAGCAGAAGCAGGUCGAUGGAAACUGGACGGUGGUUGCGACUGAUGCGAAUUGGGAGACCAAAUUCAAGUGGGAGCGCCAAUCGACGAUUCUGGGCUUCAGCGACACCGAGUUCCUGUGGGAGAUCGGCCCCGAUACCAAGCUGGGCACGUACCGCAUUCGGCACUUUGGCUACUACCGGUACAUCCUGGGCGGCGUCUACCCGUACACCGGUUCCACCAAGACGUUCAUCGUGGAGUAGUGACUUCAACGCGAGUCCCAGUGAGAAAUAAAAGAGUAACUAAAAUCAACUUUUGUGAUAAAUUUGAGUGGAAGAGUGUUUAAAGAUCGACAAAACUAAGGAUGUCAUGUGAUGAGGGACAUUGAUUGUUUAGUUAAGGAGUUGUGUUUUUUUUUUUAGAAUUUUGCUAACAAGCAACGCUCCCUUGUUGUUUUGGGCGCUACAAAUUGGAACCAAAAAACCUAGUCAAUAAUUGCUAUCUGUAGGUUGUAAUUGUCAGUAAAUAAAGGUUUUACUUUUAAUCUUGUUUAUGCUUGCUUCGUAUUCUAUUGUGAGUAAGAGUUCA